UCCAGACACUGCCGACCGGACCAGUUUGGAAUAUACUCCCCCAUUUACAACUCUCCAUCUUUUCUCCACCUCUCAACUGCACCUGAGUUUGCUUUGAGGGCAUUUGAAAGAGGAACACUCUCAAACGGGUUCUUUUUUUUAGGCUUUUGAUUUACAUUUCUUUAAUGAAUUUGGCCCAAAACUCGUAGUUGUCCGUUCUUCCAAAUGCUUCUCCUGCCUCUCUCGUUCUGCAUGUGGGUAUAGCCGGUGGUUUCAGCCUGCGUCCAGGUGGUUUACGGGAAAAAGGUCGCACAGGGAAUAUUUCAUUUUUAAUUUAGAUAAAUAAAUUCCUCUUUAUCUUUUUGGAAGCGCGUCCACUGUUUUUUCCCCUCACAAUGGCUGAUGCUAACGCGGAAUGCAAUAUCAAGGUGUUGUGUCGAUUUCGUCCACUGAACAAGUCCGAAAUUAUCCGCGGAGAUAAGUUCAUCCCAAUAUUUCAAAAGGAGGACACUGUCAUCCUCGGGGGGAAGUCGUACGUGUUUGACCAGGUGUUCCCCACUAACACCACCCAGGAACAGGUCUACAACACCUGUGCCAAGCAGAUUGUCAAAGAUGUACUGGCUGGAUACAAUGGGACUAUCUUUGCCUAUGGGCAGACCUCCUCUGGAAAAACACACACCAUGGAGGGAAACCUUCAUGAUCCCCAGGGAAUGGGAAUCAUCCCCCGGAUCUCAGAGGACAUUUUUGAACAUAUAUUUGCCAUGGAUGAGAACCUAGAAUUCCACAUAAAGGUCUCCUACUUUGAGAUCUACAUGGAUAAAAUCCGGGACCUGCUAGAUGUGACAAAAACCAACCUGUCAGUACAUGAAGACAAGCACAGAGUUCCUUAUGUGAAGGGCUGCACAGAACGCUUUGUCACAAGCCCAGAGGAAGUGAUGGAUGUAAUAGAUGAAGGGAAGGCCAACCGUCAUGUUGCUGUCACCAACAUGAAUGAGCACAGUUCCCGCAGUCAUAGCAUCUUCCUGAUAAACAUUAAACAAGAACACGUGGAGACAGAGCAGAAACUGUGUGGGAAGCUGUACCUGGUUGACCUAGCUGGUAGUGAGAAGGUUAGUAAGACAGGUGCAGAGGGAGCAGUGCUGGAUGAGGCCAAGAACAUCAACAAGUCUCUAUCUGCCCUGGGGAACGUCAUCUCAGCCUUGGCCGAGGGAACGAAAUCCCAUGUACCGUACCGUGACAGCAAAAUGACUCGCAUCUUACAGGACUCGCUGGGCGGGAACUGUCGCACCACCAUGUUCAUCUGUUGCUCUCCUUCCAGCUACAAUGAUGCAGAGACCAAAUCCACCUUGAUGUUUGGCCAACGAGCAAAGACCAUUAGAAAUACUGUAUCAGUGAACCUGGAGCUCACAGCAGAGCAGUGGAAGAAGAAGUACGAAAAGGAAAAGGAGAAGAACAGGUCAAUGAAGGAGACUGUUCAAAGACUGGAGGCUGAGCUGAACUGCUGGAGGAAAGGUGAGGAUGUUGUUGUGUUAGAGCAUCUGAGCCCGGGAUCGGAGGACGCCCCCCUGGUGCCUCCCAAAUCUGAGGAGCCGCUUCUCGACAUCUGCAGCCCCUGCAGCCCUUGCUCAGUUGCCUCCUCCAUUGUGGUUCACAUCUCUGAGGAGGAGCGGCAGAAGUAUGAGGAGGAGAUCCGCAAGCUUUACAAACAGCUGGAUGAUAAGGAUGAUGAGAUCAACCACCAGAGCCAGAUGGUUGAGAAACUGAAGGAGCAGAUGCUCGACCAGGAGGAGCUUCUAGCAUCAUCGAGGGGUGACAGCGAGAAGGUGCAGUCGGAGCUCGGCAGGCUGCAGACAGAGAAUGAAUCUGCUAAGGCCGAGGUGAAGGAGGUCCUCCAGGCCCUGGAGGAGCUGGCAGUCAACUACGACCAGAAGAACCUGGAGGUCGAGGAGAAGAGCGUGCAGAACAAGCUGCUGGCUGAAGAGCUCGCAAAGAAAAUGGCUCACCUCAUGGCUUUAGAGGCGGAGCUGUCCCGUAUCCAGCAAGUGAGCAGCCACCAAAGGAAACGCAUCGCUGAGAUUCUCAACGGGCUGAUGAGGGACCUGAGUGAGUUCAGCACCAUCGUUGGAAACAGAGACAUCAAGCUGCCCAUGGAGAUCACUGGUGUGAUCGAGGAGGAGUUCACAGUGGCUCGCCUCUACAUCAGUAAGAUAAAGUCAGAAGUGAAGUCAAUGGUAAAGCGCUGCCACCACCUGGAGAACCUUCAGAUGGAGUGUCACCGCAAGAUGGAGGAGACGGGCAGAGAGCUGUCCUCAUGUCACCUCCUCAUUGCACAGCAUGAGGCAAAGAUCCGCUCUCUGACGGAGUACAUGCAGAAUGUAGAGCGGAAGAAGAGACACCUGGAGGAUGGCUAUGACUCUCUGAGCGAGGAGCUGGCCAAACUCCAAGCUCAAGAGAGCAUCUCACAGGUGACCAGGGGGGAGAAUCACACAUCUGUCCAGGAUUCCAGUGAAAUGAAGAGGGCUCUGGAGCAGCAGAUGGAGUCACACCGUGAGGUGCACAGCAAACAGCUUGGCCGCCUGCGAGAUGAGAUCAAUGAGAAGCAGAAGAUCAUCGACGACUUAACUGACUGUAACCAGAAGCAGCAGCUGGAGUUGGAGCAACUGCACUGUGACUUCGAACGUCUCAGGAGCCAAGAGCAUCACAAGAGCCGGCAGCUGGAGGAACUGACAUUUCUCCAUGAGCGACAUGAGCAGUCAAAGCAGGACCUCAAAGGACUGGAAGAGACUGUUGCUCGCGAGCUCCACACCCUGCACAACCUCCGCAAGCUCUUUGUUCAAGACCUCACGACUCGAGUUAGAAAAAGUGCAGGGAUGGAGCCUGAUGAUAGUGGGGGAUAUAUCACCCAGAAACAGAAGAUUUCCUUUCUUGAAAACAACCUGGACCAGCUUACAAAAGUUCACAAACAGCUGGUACGUGACAAUGCAGAUCUUCGCUGUGAGCUUCCAAAGCUGGAGAAACGUCUUCGGUCUACAGCUGAACGAGUUAAGGCACUGGAGGGUGCGCUGAAGGAGGCAAAGGAAGGAGCCAUGAAGGACCGCCACCGCUACCAGCAGGAGGUGGAGCGGAUCAAAGAUGUGAUGAGGGCUCGCAAUCCCUUCCGCCGGCCCCAUGCUGCACAGAUAGCCAAGCCUGUGCGUCCUGGCCACUACCCAGCGUGCUCUCCCACCAACCCCUUCUUCAUCCGAGGCUACAGCGAUAACCCCAUUGCCUUCUGCAAAGCUGGUUUCCACAACAGCAUCAACCAAGAAGCAGCUGCUCCUUCUGCUCCUGCAACACCAGAGAGUCAGCCCAGGUUACCCGAGACCAGCGCCAACCAGAACAGCCCCGCCAAACACCUCAACUCCCAAAACAACGAUUCACACGACAACAACGCUCAGGACAACAUGCUUCCAGCUGAACCACCAAGCCAAGCAGAAAAGAACACCGCAGAGAUGCUUGAUUCAGAAAAUGGAAACACCACAGAUAUCAAUGACAACAGCGUGUGUCUGAAUGUGAAUUCUGUGUCCAGAACUGAUGUUUGUGACAAUCAGGACCCAGCCAAACUCUACAGCCUGCAGCCGGAGGCUUCAGCCAGCUAAUAGUCCUGAGCAGGCAGACGUUUUUUCUGAGGCCUCCUCUGUAAAUCUGCAUGCAGCUGAUCACUGUCCUCCCAGCCUCCCCUUUCUCUCCGAGCCUCACCUGCUGUAAACAGACCUCUGUCUCUCCUGUGUCCCUUUUCCUCCCCUUGCUUGCUCCUCUUCAAUCCCUUCUCCUUCCUGUACAAUGCUGUGGGGUGUAUGCGGGUAUCAGUAGGAUCCAUGGCAAGCACUGCAUCUCAAAUUCCCAAUCUGGCAGCUUACACCCAUAUUGCUGCACACCCUCCCCCAUGACUUGGAAAACAAAGGGACCACAAAUAGAAAGGUGGGGAAGAGAGUGUGCAGUGCUGUAGGUAACCACUAGGGUGUGCUGUUUGUCUCAAUGAGGGGAUCACAGUGGACAUAAAACCAGUUCAUUCAACAGUAAGCUGAGGUUACUCUUUUAUCAUUAUUAUUAUUAAACAUGCAUAUGGAUCUGAAAACUCCAAGUUAAACUGUGUUAGAUAACAUGAAAACAGCGUGAACUUCAAGCUCACUUGAUUAAUAUUAAUACUUUUGACUGCAUGUUGAUUUUUUAUGGUGGUCUUCGGCUUUUCUCAGAAAAUACAUGAAAGAGGAAGAGAGCAAUAAGGCAACAUUAUCAUCAUCAUCAGUUUAAACGCCAGUACAGGAGAAGCACUAUAAGCCAAUGUAAAUGGGAAAUGCAGUCCUAAUUUUUUUUUUUUUUUAAAGGGAUAAGGCUGGCAUUAUUCAAUAUUUUGUUAUAGUCAACAAAUCUCAUGAAAAGACCAAAACCAACAAUGCGUUACUCGUCUCUCAGUAUUUUCCAGCUUGCCCAGCCUGCCUGUGGCUCUGUCUCAAGCCAAUUGAAGAUGUAAAACUUUUAAAACUGGCCUUGAAUAAAUUGUUUCAUUAAAAAAAAGGCUCAGUAAUUUCCUAAAACAGCUGGGCACUGUAGUUUUUGGCAAGCAUUUCUCAAACAGGAGUAAAUAGCACAUUUGUUGGGGACUAUUUUCAGCUGUGGAUUAAUACAUAGUUCAUUCUUGGUUUUUGUCUUUUCAUGGAAUUUGUUCUCAAUAAGAAUAUAUAUAUAUAUCACCAGACUUCUCCUUUAAAGUGAGUUUUGAAACAUUUUGCCGUUUCAAUCCAACGGAAAGCAAUAUCACUGUUUCCCUUUCCAUCCCCAAAAUAUCAGGCUAAUUACAAUAUGGAUUUUUAGAAACAGUGUCAGUAAAUCAUAGUAACAAUAUAGUCCAUAAUGUUUUGUCAUAAGUAGGCUACUGUUGCCACCUAGGUAAACCAACACACACUAAACUAAGAUACACACACGCAUACCUGCAAUAGUUGAAACUUGGCCAAGCCUUAAUUUAGACAAUAGAUGGUUUCUGGCAUUUGCCCUUUUUUACUCAAAUUAAACUAAGGAAAAUUAAGUUUAUAUAUACAGUACAGUAUGAAACUCCUCAAGACUCUUUAAGACACAACAGUUUUGUAUUUUGGUACCCUUGGAGGAUAUAUUUCAGAUACUUAGAUUCCAUAUUACCACUUUUUUUCUUGUUAGAUUAAGAGGAAUAGUAAACCAAACAACCCCUAUAUCCAUAUACAGUAGCUGCCUCUAGCAAAUUUAGGUCACUUUUCGUAAAAGCUUUUUAAAUCUUAAAGCUGUAGAUGGCUCUGGUAGUGGCACUGUUUCUCCAAGCGCAGGAAGAACCAUAGUGCUAAAUGAGGAAGUUGGUUAGAACAUUGUUUAAAAAAAAAACCCACUCAAAUAUUCAUUGGUUAAAAUCAUUCACCACAGCAUAUCUGACUUUUGGUACACUGCACUGGUUUUAACUAGUCUGAAAAGCAACUUCAUCUGAACCAUGAGUGAAGUCUAAAACACAUGAUUCCUGAUUGUUUUUAAAAAGACUGACUGUGUCAUAGUAGAGAGACUUUUAAGCUGUAAAUUAUCCCUACUAAAGCUGCCUGUCAGGGAUCAUAUGUGUGAUAUUCAGUCAUUGUCAUGUCAACCAAAAGUAUGGCGGGAGUGGGGGAAAAAAAGAAUUGUGUAGCAACUAUUUUUAUACUCCUAGUUCUAGUUUAAAAGAAAUAUAUAUUAUAAUUUGCUCUCUUUUAAAUGUUAUUUAUUUGCUAUUUCUUCUUAAUUUAUAGCAGUUGUUGAAUGUGAAGCGGUUGCAUUUGUUUUGAUGUGUAAAUGUAUCAUGUUGAGAUUGUUUCUUACACUGCAGAAUGCUUUGGAUUUCUGAUUUCCACUGUUUUGUCAUUGAAUGAAAAUGCGUGCAUGUGUGCAGCUGCCGUUCCAAUAUGAAUUUGUUUAGGAGAUGACUAAUCCUACGGUUCUUUAUGAACCACCUCAGAUUGAAACCAAAGUCCUGAUAGUGGUAGUGAGUCAUUUAAAGAGGAUCUUGCUCUGCAAUAUUCCAAAUAAGCUCUGAUGGAGAAAUAAACCAAGAGUUACUGUAGGUUAUCAAGAGCUGAUAAAGCCCUGUCUUAUCCCUCUGACACACACUCAGAUAUAGCGCCUCAUCAGCCAAUGGGGUGUUUGACCUUUGAACCCAAAAUACAUAUACUAUAAAUACUGUAUUACUUGGGUGCAGAUUAAGCACAUAAGUUGAUUGACUGUCUACAACACACACUGACAGUCAGUCGCCCUACGCCGCUCACCAAACUCUCUGUUGAUCUCUUGAUCAGCCAGUCAAGAUGAGAGAGUCAAGGAUGAUAGUGGAGGGAUUGUGGGUGUGUGUGUGUGUGUGUGUGUGUAUUUUGUGAGAGAACAGGAGCUGUAUCUUCUUAGCAGAGUCUCUUACUCUUUGACUUUCUGCGAUCCUUUUAACAAGACAGACCAGUAACGCUUUAGAUUACAGCCUGCAAAUUACAGUGUAAAUAUUUUGUACAUAUGUGGUGCCAAUGACAUACUUAUGUACUUACUGGGUAGGCACAAGGGAAGAGGUACAACAGGGGGUUACAAAUUUGUGUUAAGGGUGGGACCUAGAAAUUAAUGACACUGUAAGUACUUUUGUGAUUAACUGGUACAUGUUAAAUAAUUACAGGGUACAGACAGGGGACCAACAGGCUUAGCAUAUAUGUAGCUAUGUCAUAAAAGGAGCCAAAAUGUCUGCCACUUUUAUUUAGUAUAAACAUACUUUUAUUAUAAAGAUUAAUAUAAAAUAUGAUAUAUAGACUUUCAUAGUGCACACACCUGAAAAAGGGGAGUAGCAGGCCACACUGUACUUAAUACUAUACUAUACACGAUGUAACAGGACAUAUAACUAAAAGCUGUUCUAGUUUCAUCAUCAGUUUUUGUUUUUCAGGUGGAUCUAACAUUGGAAUCUAAACUACAUUAUUGUACUUCACUAUUUUAUGAUAAUUUUAAAAACAUACACAUAAUUUUAUAACUCCUGCUGUAAAGGUACACACAGGCUUAACCUAAUGUUUUGUUCUCCAACAAUUUAUAAUGCGCACCAUAUUAGUAAUAAUAUGUAUUUAAUUGAAAGUAAUUAAAUUCUCUUUACAAUUUAAAACAAAAAUAAAUGAUACCAUAACUUAUUUCAUUGCAUUAUUGGCACUGUUGCCCCAUUUUCCCUCUUAAACACAAGUUGGUACCCCCUUAUGCCCUAACAUCUUGUCCUCUUCCCCAUAUUUGUCCCAUAUAGUUACCCAGUAAGUAUUGUAUUGAUACCCUGUAUAUACCUAAUUAUUACAAUGUAAUUUAAAGCGUUUCCAACAGACUCUCUUCUCAUUAUAUUGAGGCUUUUUUAUUUUCUUUAUGCUUUACCUCUUUGUUCGUCUUCACAAGCCUUUUCACUGAGUAUCUAAUACUGCAGUUGUUCAAUUUGACUUUCUCCAAAGGGUCAUAAAGGUUAUUGAACUUGAAAGACUUAACAUUAUUAUUGAAGUUGAGUGUGUUUACAUAACCUAUAGAAACCAUGAGUGGAAUGUGAAUGUCCUUUUCUGUCAAUCUGCUGUUAAUCAAUGAAAACCACAAAGAAAACAACUGUUCUCCUGACAUGCACUAUGGUUGUAUACUGAGCUGUAAAUGUUCAGAUGAUUGAGUGUAGAAUUUAUUUUCAGUCUUAUUGUUCUGUUCGUCUUACAGUAAUUGUAACCAAUCUGAAAAUAUUCUGGAAAGCUAAAUAAUAUGUGAUACUGUAGCCUAAAUAUGCAGAAAUAGAACUAUGACAAGAAUGGUUGGGUGGUCUAAAAAAAAAAAAAAAGAGGCAAAAUGUCUGUUUGUUUUUGUGCGAUGGUUGGUUUAUAGCGUGUGAUUUAGUGCAUGCAGUACGUUUCUUCUGUAGCUGCUGAGAAACAGAACUGUUAUCUCAUGAAACUCCUUUCAAUAAAGAUGAUCCUGUGUACAUAUCAUUA